AUGACAUGUGACAUGUGAAAAGUGAAGUAAGCAAACUGCCCAAAUAGUGCUAAAAUGAGAUUUAAACCUUUUUAUUUAUGUUUUUAAGCAAGUAAAGGUAUAAUAUACCAGUUUAAUAAAUGGUGUGUUACUUUCAUUUAAUCUAACAAACAUGACCGACAAACUGAAGAGUAUACCCGAGCAAAAGCUGAAGGCUUUCUCAGUGGGAACAAUGGGCAAAAGGAACCUUUCUAAGCGUGAGUUAGAAGAGCAACGGAAACGGGAGGAAGAGGAAGCUGCAGCUCAUGUAUUUCAAGAAUUUGUGGAGACUUUUCAAGAAGCCCCGAUCAACGGCAGUUCUAAAGUUUGGGUCAAAGCUGGUACAUACGAUGCUGGAGCGAGGCGAGAAGACACUAAGGAUAAAGGGAAAUUGUAUAAGCCAACAUCGAGAAUAGCAUCUAAUCAGGAGCACAAUUUGAGUUCAGCCGAACGGGCACAAGCAUAUGCAAAACUGUUAUCUAACGAUAAGAAACCUGAGAGGCUCGGUAAGAAGAAGCCUUCGCAAAAGAGCAACUUGGAGUCCUUCAUGGAAGAAUUAAGACAAAUACAAGAGGAACGCGAAGAGAGGCAGAAAUAUAAAGGAGCCCUAAGGACACCGAUUGAAAACGAAUUGGAUAUGCUAAUGAAAAGCGGCGAUAUAGGUUCCUUUGAUAACGGCGAUCCCAACACAACAAACUUAUAUCUAGGGAAUUUAAACCCGAAAAUAACGGAGCAACAACUCAUGGAGCUGUUCGGAAGAUACGGCCCCUUGGCCAGCAUAAAAAUCAUGUGGCCGAGGUCCGACGAGGAGAAGGCCAGGGGCAGGAACUGCGGCUUCGUGGCGUACAUGGCGAGAAAAGACGGCGAGCGGGCGCUGAAGAACCUCAACGGCAAAGACAUCCACGGCUACGAAAUGAAACUGGGCUGGGGCAAGGCGGUCAUAAUUCCGCCUCAUCCCAUUUACAUUCCGCCCGUUCUGCUGGAAAUCGCCCAGCCGCCGCCGCCCUCCGGGUUGCCCUUCAACGCCCAGCCUGCUUUGAAAGAUAAAGAAGUGCUGCCGAAGUCCCAGGAGGAAUUGAACGAGAUACUAAACAGGGCUUUGGUCAAAGUCGUCAUACCUACCGAUAGGAAUUUGUUGAUGUUAAUCCAUAGAAUGGUAGAGUUUGUUGUCAGAGAAGGUCCAAUGUUUGAAGCGAUGAUUAUGAAUAGGGAAAUUAACAAUCCACAAUUUAGGUUCCUGUUUGAGAAUCAAAGUCCUGCCCAUAUUUAUUAUAGGUGGAAGGUUUACUCUAUUUUGCACGGGGACUCUCAAAAGGAAUGGAACCCUAAGGAGUUCAAAAUGUUUAAAAACGGUUCUGUUUGGAAACCACCGAUAAUGAAUUGUUACACGAACGGAAUGCCUGACGAGUUAGUUAGAGAAGAUGAGGCUAAAGAGAACUCGAAAGGAAGUCUAUCAAAUUCGCAACGCGACCGAUUGGAAGAUUUAAUUAGGCAAUUAACACCGGAGAAAAACAAAAUCGGCGAGGUAAUGGUAUUUUGCAUAGAACACAGCGAAGCUGCCGAUGAAAUCGCCGAUUGCAUCACAGAAUCGCUAGCUAACGAAUCCACCGCGUUGACUAAGAAAAUAUCGAGGCUUUAUUUAAUAUCGGACAUCCUACACAAUUGCCAAGUCAAAGUCACAAAGGCUUCGUUCUUUAGAAAAGCAUUUGAAAAUAGACUAUUAGAAAUUUUUAAGUACAUUAAAGAAACUUACGAUAAAUUAGAAGGCAGGCUGCAAGCUGAGGGCUUCAAAGUGAGAGUGGUGAGGACGUUAAAAGCUUGGGAGGAUACAAUUUACCCCAAAGAUUUUAUGAUUAAACUUAACAACAUCUUCCUCGGGCUUCCCAAUCGAGCGGAGGAAGUGGCCGGCCCCAAAUGUUUGAUAGAAGACAUUGACGGUAAUCCCUUGGAGCCCCAAGAUUCCGACGAAGACGCCCCCAUGGACGGCGCGGCGCUUUUGAAAGCUACCAUGAUGCAGUACGAGAGCGCCGGUUCAGGAGACGACGACAUCGAUGGGAAGGAAAUUAAGGACGACGUGCCGAAGGAUUCCGCCUUGAGCGGUUUCAUAGUGUCCAAAUGGGAGACGGUCGAUCCCGAGCAAAUCGAAGCGCAGGCAAUGACUACAAGCAAGUGGGACAUGCUGGAAAACAGCCAAGAUAAUAGCAGGGAGAGUAGCUCGAACGAAAACCAAGAUUUCUCCGAUUACUCGGACUCGAGGAAUAUGACUGAGGAGAAGAGGCAGCAGUUGCGCGAGAUCGAGGUGAAAGCUGUUCAGUAUCAAGACGAGCUCGAAUCGGGACAAAGACAAUUAAAGAGCGGCUGGACGUUGCCUCAGCAGGUGGAGCACUACAGAAGGAAAUUGUUGCGGAAGUCCGAGAAGGUGAAGAAGGAGAAAGAGAAGACGCCGAAGAGCGACAAGCACAAAAGAGACUAUGAUAAGAGUGAUAGAAGGGCGGCUGCGGACAGCUCGGACGACGAGUCCUACUACAAGGAACUUACUUCUAGAAAAAGUAAAAAACAUGCGCGAAGUUCAUCGAGUGGGUCAACGUCCAGGCACAGGUCAAAAAGUCGUUCGCCGUCACGUAAAAAGAGCUCGAGGGCUCUUAGUCCUCCGAGUCCACCCAAGAUAAGAAGACAUUCGCCCGGUUCGUCCCGAUCCUCCCGUAAAAAUAAAGGUUCCCUAUCCCCCGCCGAUUCUAACGGUAAAUAUUCCCCUAAAAGACAUCGAGCGUCAUCACCUAGCCCGCCUCCUAGGGGCGGCAAGCACAGACGGUCUCAGAGUCCUGCUAGAACCAGACAUACCAGUCCUCCUCGUUCCAAAUACCAUUCUCCCGAUUCUUCUAGCAAAAAACAUAGACAUAAACAUAAACACUAGUGAAAAUUGAUUUUAGUGUGAAAUAUAAUAUUUUGUUUAACUUUGUAUAUAAACGCAAUACACUUUUUUUAAAUAAGCGUUUCGUUUAAUUAUGUGAAUUGCAACUU